ACCGCUCCCACAACGCUUUGCUGGCGCGCUCUUUCCUUUGACCGGGCGGGGUAUCAACAUGGGCAGCAAGAUGGCGGCGGCCAGUAGGGUCGUUCAGGUAGUCAAACCACAUACACCACUGAUUAAGUUUCCAGACAGAAAAGGUACGCCAAAACCUAACAUGCAGGAGUCUCUACAUUCAAGAGUGCCUCCGCUUCAUGGGGUAGCCUCGCAAUUUUCUGCAGAAAACAAAGCACCAUCUUCUCAAAGUACUUUAUUUACUGGUAGAAUACAAGGUACACCUGACACGGCAGAAUUAAUAAGAACUUUACCUCAGAAAUACAGGAGGAAACCUAUGUCAGUUGAAGAGAUGGAAUACAUUCAACGUGGAGGUCCAGAAUAAGGUGGAGCAUUGUGCAGUUUGUAACUGCUGAAUAACAAACCGUUGUACUUACAAUAAAGUCCUUCUUCACUUUCUCUCUGGAUAUUAAA